AUGACCAAACUCUUCACCCCCCUCCGCGUCGGCCGCGCCGAGCUCUCCAACCGCAUCGCCAUGGCCCCAAUGACCCGCUUCCGCGCCGACGACAACCACACCCCCCUCCCCAUCGUGAAAGACUACUACGCCCAGCGCGCCUCCGUCCCCGGCACGCUCCUAAUGACCGAAGCAACCUUCAUCUCCGCCCGCGCCGGCGGAUACCCCAACGCACCGGGCAUCUACAACGACGCCCAGAUCGCCGCCUGGAAAGAAGUAACCGACGCCGUGCACGCCAAGGGCAGCUACAUCUACCUGCAGCUCAGUGCGACGCCGGCGAGCGCAGACGCACCCGUACCGCGCGCACUAUCCGAGUCCGAGAUCCACGAGUGGAUCGCGGACUAUGCGCAGGCGGCGCGGAACGCCGUUGCGGCGGGCUUUGAUGGCGUCGAGAUCCAUGCUGCUAAUGGGUAUUUGAUUGAUCAGUUUACGCAGGAUACGUGCAAUGCGCGCGAUGAUGCGUGGGGUGGGAGUGUUGAGGGGCGGGCGAGGUUCGCGGUUGAGGUUUCGCGCGCUGUUGUUGAGGCUAUUGGCGCUGAUCGCACGGGGAUUCGAUUUAGUCCUUGGAGUACGUUCCAGGGGAUGCGGAUGGGGGACCCGAAGCCGCAGUUUGAGUAUCUGGCGGAGCGGAUGGCGGAGAUGGGACUUGCGUAUGUGCAUUUGGUUGAGUCGAGGAUUGCGGGGAAUGCUGAGGUUGAGGCGGAUGAUGACUUGGAUUUCUUCUUGAGGGCUUAUGGGAAGGCUUCGCCGGUCAUUGUUGCUGGGGGGUAUGUGGCUGAUUCGGCGGUUCAGGCGGCUGAUGUUAAGUAUGCGGAGUAUGAUGCUAUUGUUGGUAUUGGGCGGCCGUUUAUCUCGAACCCGGAUUUGCCGUUCCGUGUUCAGAUGGGGAUUCCGUUUGUGCCUUAUGAUCGGAAUACUUUCUAUGUUCCCAAGGAUCCCAAGGGAUACACUGAUUAUGCGUUCAGUGCUGAGUUCCAGAAGUCUAUUGAGGCUGCGGCUUGA